CUUUCCCAGUUUGUCUCUGCUCUCCAAUGACUAAGUCAAUACCCGCCUUCGCAAAUUAGUGUGUCAUAACACAUAUCAUGACAAGGCCCUCAAGUAAAUCCAAACACAAAAGAAGCCUACACUUAUUAAAAACUGACCUCAUUUCUUGAAUGGUUUUUCAGGCCUGACUGACUGCUUUCACGCAUGCUUGGGCAUGAAUUCAGGUUGAACGAAGUUUCGUCACACACAAUAACACGGCAGUCAUAUGUAUAUAUAAAGACCGGUAAUUGGAGUAAAAUGGCAGAGUUUGACAGUAGUGGACCCCAUAUGAACGGACACAUUAACGGGGCGAUGACCAACGGACACUCGGAUACGGAGACAGACAAACAGAGCGAGAGCUCCACCACAUCAUCAACACGAAACCUCACCAGAGAUCUGCCUCCAGUUCCAAAAAUAGAACACCCUCCUCCACUUCCAAAGGAUCCCCCUCGGACAGACAAACUACCACCCAGAAUACGAACAAGUAGACCACCUAGCAACACAGUUACAAAAUUCAUCCCAGAAAAUGAAAUAACGAUACCCAAAGACGGAAACCUAUCGUCAUUCAACACAGAAGACAUGGUGACCUUCUUCCGACAUCUGGGGGUCGAGGACAGAAUUGUAAAUCAUUUACAGAGAAAGGGACUCACUGGCAAAAAAUUCUCAUCCCUUAAAGACGCUGACCUGGAAACAAUCGGAAUCAAGAACCCCAUUGUGUCGUAUUUCAGGGACAGAAGCAAACCCAGCAGCAAAAAGAACGUACCUUUUAUACUGUAAAGAAAAUUGUGCAAGUCAGUGAAUAUCCUUGUAUUAUAUCGGCACUACAGAAGUGUGAAAAGUGGGUUCCGCAUCCCAACUUUGGUGCUUUGAUUCAUGACGAGAAAAAAAUACAUCUGAAUAUAUA